UCAAUUUUACCCGUCCUAUGAAGCGCCCUAACACACCCAAAGUCCCUACAGUCAAUUGUCCAAGCUUUUACCAUCGUUGAGUUCUGUGAGCUUAAGAGCAAGAAAAAACUUUUGGGAAAUUUCCCAAUGUCUUCAAACAACCCUUCUCAGCUUCUUCCAUCUGAGUUGAUUGAUCGUUGCAUUGGGUCAAAGAUAUGGGUGAUAAUGAAGGGGGAUAAGGAGCUAGUUGGUACCCUUAGAGGCUUUGAUGUUUAUGUUAAUAUGGUUCUUGAAGAUGUCACUGAAUAUGAGAUCACUCCAGAAGGGAAGCGAGUAACAAAACUUGAUCAGAUUCUGCUUAAUGGAAACAAUAUUGCUAUCCUGGUUCCUGGUGGGUCACCUGAAUCUGAAUGAUAUAUUACGAUAUGCGACUUGUGCUGUUUAUUGAGAUUAGUUGAUGAUGCGCUCGAGACAUUUAAAACUCAAGCGGCAUUUUCAAUAUGUAUUUUCAGUAAUUCUUACUGUACAAGUUUACCAUGAAUCCAUAACUGGCAAGGAUUUUGUAACAGUGACUUGUGAGUGUGUUCGGCUAGUCUUUCUAGGAUAAUGAUAGUUGCAUUAUAUCAAAAAACUUCAUGAUCCUAUGGCGAACAAUACUUUGAAACUGAUUUUGUUCAGGUGUUAUUACCUUUACACUAUGGAGUUUUUGCAGAAUUCUCUAAAUCAAGUGCUUGUGAAUCUA